UUCCACCUAACGGGAAGCGACGACGGCUGCUUAAUCUUUCAUUGGGGAAAAAAAGGGCGAAAGGCGAGACGAAAACGUUAAUAACUGUCUUCGCCUCUCAGCCUCCAGCCAACAUGAUCCACAGCCUGUUCCUAGUCAACUCCUCCGGAGACAUUUUCCUGGAGAAGCACUGGAAGAGCGUGGUCAGCCGCUCCGUGUGCGACUACUUCUUUGAGGCGCAGGAACGCGCCUCCGAGCCGGAGAACGUCCCACCGGUGAUCCCCACGCCGCACCACUACCUUAUCAGCGUGCUCAGGCAUCGCAUCUACUUUGUUGCCGUCAUCCAGAGUGAAGUGCCGCCGCUCUUCGUCAUCGAGUUUCUGCACAGAGUCGUUGACACGUUCCAGGACUAUUUUGGAGUGUGUACAGAGGCUGCUAUCAAGGACAACGUGGUGGUGGUCUACGAGCUGCUGGAGGAGAUGCUGGACAACGGCUUUCCGCUGGCCACAGAGUCCAACAUCCUAAAAGAGCUCAUAAAGCCUCCCACCAUCCUCCGCACGAUGGUCAACACCAUCACAGGCAGCACCAAUGUCGGUGAACAGCUCCCCACAGGCCAGCUGUCAGUGGUGCCGUGGCGACGCACCGGAGUCAAAUACACCAACAACGAAGCCUAUUUUGACGUGGUGGAGGAGAUCGACGCCAUCAUCGAUAAAUCGGGCUCCACUAUUACAGCAGAAAUUCAGGGAGUUAUUGACGCCUGUGUAAAACUGACAGGCAUGCCCGACCUCACUCUCUCAUUUAUGAAUCCUCGGCUGCUGGAUGACGUCAGCUUCCACCCGUGUGUUCGGUUCAAGCGCUGGGAAGCUGAGCGGAUCCUCUCCUUCAUUCCCCCGGAUGGAAACUUCCGGUUGCUCUCCUACCACGUCAGCUCUCAGAACCUGGUGGCGAUCCCGGUGUACGUCAAGCACAACAUCAGCUUCCGAGAGGGAAGCUCCCAGGGACGCUUUGACCUGACCCUGGGGCCCAAACAGACCAUGGGCAAGUCCGUGGAGGCGGUCCUAGUCAGCAGCCAGCUGCCCCGGGGCGUCCUGAACGCCAACCUCAACUCCUCCCAGGGAACGCACACCUUUGAUCCAGUCACAAAGAUGUUGACAUGGGAUGUCGGCAAGAUCAACCCACAGAAGCUUCCCAGUCUCAAAGGCACCAUGAGCCUGCAGGCCGGGGCCUCCAAACCUGACGAGAACCCCACUAUCAACAUCCAGCUGAAGAUCCAACAGAUGGCCAUCUCAGGGCUGAAGGUGAAUCGACUGGACAUGUACGGUGAGAAGUAUAAACCUUUUAAAGGCAUCAAAUACAUGACGAAGGCCGGCAAGUUUCAGGUGCGGACAUAAAGACUACUGCUCUGUGACCACUGGACCAAACCACCUGGAGACUGAGGGGGGCGAUGCGACGGGGGAAAGGGGGAGUUGGUACAUUCCCUGUGUAUAUGCAUUUCAGGAUUUAACAAAAAAGGAGGCUCCAUGUAGCGGUUAAGAACGGACCAGUGAGAGCGUCGAGCGAGUGUGAACCUCAGGCCCAACACAACUCACCUCCAUUUACGUUUCCACUCAUGAUUCUAAUCUUGAGCCCAAAUCAAAACCCAGUUACAUGAGACGUUUGUGUUAAUACGGCCUUCAUCAGGUUCAAACAUUUCAAACUCUUUCAGUAUCAACAGGCCAACAUCUGAUGCUGUGCUGCUGCACCUCUCCACACGGUAUCGUCUGUGGCAUGUUUGUCUGGAAAGAUGUGCGCUCGUGACUGUUUUCACACUCCAAACCAGAGAUAUUGGAUGUUGGACCAAUACUAUAUUAAAAUAGAGCUUCUCCUUUAAUAUAUAAGAUAGUGUGAGCUGUAUGGAAUGGCAGAAGCUCUGUGUUUUUCCACGUCAAAGGACCUCAACAAUUGAUUAAAAGAAGCUAUAUUAUAUCACAAAACUUGUUCCUAAAUUGAAUAGAUCUUGGUCCUGCGCUACUUUUCUCUGAUCCUUAUUAAAGAGUCGUCAUCGCAACCUACCAACAGACACUGAUAUCACUGUAUUUCAUUGCUGUCCUGUCUUCUGUUUGCUCUGUUCUUGAGCUUUCUCCUCCUCGUCUCAGUACUUUGAUCAUUCUGUCUGCAGCACUGGAGUCCACCCACUGACAUGUGGAACCGUCCUCAAUCUGCUGGUACUAACGUUUCCUCUUUAAAGCAAAGUGAGAUGGAUGUAGAGCCACUGGAGCGGUUUUAUCUAUUUAUUACUAUGACGGAUUCUGAGAGAAUUUUGGGUACAAGUUCACCUGUUUUUAUUAUUAUUUAUGAAUCAAAACAAAGGAUCUGUUUGCUAAAGUAGUGUCUCACAGUGUUUGUUGUUUCUGCAUACUGACAUUCAAUUCUUCCUCAAAGCUUUAACUCUACAGCAGCUUGUCAUUUUACCAUUUUAUGACCAAACAGUAUCAGGUUUUGUUCUCAACAUACAGAAACGUGGCAAAGAAUUAAUAUUUGUAAUCCCGUUAAUGUGGUCCAAAUGAUCCAAAAUUAUUUUCUCGGUGCAUCUUAAUAUCUAAUCAAAACAGACGGAAUAUAUUAAAAUCUGUAUUGUGGUGUAAUGGCCAGGCACCUCAGAAGAAAUGUUGAUGGUUUGCAUUUUGUGUUUACAGUUUUGUUUGUGUUUGUUCAACAGCCUCCAAUGGAGAGUUACACUGGUGAAAACAAUAAAGAUUUGAUGUGUGAAAA